AGCGCCGCAGCAGGAGGCGGGUAAGCCAACUAGAGAGCGGCAGUGGCGGUGGCAGUUCGUGGCGAGGGCGACGGUUUCAAGGCCCAGUGGCCGUCUGACGGAGACCUUCGUGCCCUCCUCCUCAUGAGGCCCUUGUGAUCUGCUUUUGUACCAUUUCCACGUUUGAAAAUGGUAAAACUAGAUAUUCACACUCUGGCUCAUCACCUCAAGCAGGAACGCUUGUAUGUAAACUCUGAGAAACAGCUCAUUCAGAGGCUCAAUGCAGAUGUGCUUAAGACAGCUGAAAAGUUGUAUCGUACAGCAUGGAUUGCUAAGCAACAGAGAAUUAACUUGGAUCGACUUAUCAUAACCAGUGCCGAAGCGUCCCCUGCUGAAUGUUGCCAACAUGCCAAGAUUUUGGAAGAUACACAGUUUGUUGAUGGAUAUAAACAAUUGGGAUUUCAGGAGACUGCUUAUGGAGAAUUCCUGAGUCGGUUAAGGGAAAAUCCUCGUCUUAUUGCCUCCUCUUUGGUUGCUGGAGAGAAACUUAAUCAGGAGAACACACAAAGUGUUAUUUACACAGUCUUUACCUCUCUCUAUGGCAACUGCAUUAUGCAAGAAGAUGAAAGCUACCUCCUUCAGGUUUUGCGCUACUUGAUUGAAUUUGAACUUAAAGAAAGUGACAACCCCAGGAGACUUUUGAGGAGAGGAACUUGUGCCUUCAGCAUCUUAUUUAAACUUUUUUCUGAAGGACUGUUUUCUGCCAAACUUUUUCUCACCGCUACCUUACAUGAGCCAAUCAUGCAACUGCUAGUUGAAGAUGAAGAUCACUUGGAAACAGAUCCAAACAAGCUAAUUGAGAGAUUCUCCCCAUCUCAACAGGAAAAACUAUUUGGAGAGAAGGGCUCCGAGAGAUUCAGGCAAAAGGUUCAAGAAAUGGUGGAUUCCAAUGAGGCCAAACUAGUGGCGCUGGUGAACAAAUUUAUUGGUUAUCUCAAACAGAACACAUAUUGCUUUCCACAUAGUUUGAGGUGGAUUGUGUCACAGAUGUACAAAACCCUGUCCUGUGUAGAUAGACUGGAAGUUGGAGAAGUCAGGGCAAUGUGUACUGAUCUCCUGCUUGCCUGCUUCAUUUGUCCUGCAGUUGUCAAUCCAGAACAGUAUGGAAUAAUUUCUGAUGCUCCUAUUAAUGAGGUGGCAAGAUUUAAUCUGAUGCAGGUUGGCCGCCUUUUGCAGCAAUUAGCAAUGACUGGGUCUGAAGAGGGAGAUCCCCGAACAAAAAGCAGCCUUGGAAAAUUUGACAAAAGCUGUGUUGCUGCUUUCCUUGAUGUUGUGAUUGGGGGCCGUGCAGUGGAGACCCCUCCGAUGUCCUCUGUUAAUCUUCUGGAAGGGUUGAGCAGAACUGUGGUUUAUAUAACCUACAGUCAGCUUAUUAAUCUGGUGAAUUUUAUGAAGAGUGUGAUGUCUGGAGAUCAACUGAAAGAAGAUAGAAUGGCUCUUGACAAUUUAUUAGCAAACCUACCCCAGGCCAAGCCAGGAAAAAGCAGCAGUUUGGAAAUGACUCCCUAUAAUACUCCUCAGCUGUCUCCAGCAACCACUCCAGCAAAUAAAAAGAAUCGAUUGCCUAUAGCAACUCGGAGCAGAAGCCGCACCAAUAUGCUAAUGGACCAGCAUAUGGACCAUGAUGGAUCAUCCCAAGAAACCAUCCAGGAGACACAACCAGAAGAGGUGUUGGUCAUUUCCUUAGGAACAGGUCCCCAGCUUACUCCAGGAAUGAUGUCAGAAAAUGAGGUCCUAAACAUGCAACUUUCGGAUGGAGGACAAGGAGAUGUCCCUGUUGAUGAAAACAAACUCCACGGUAAACCUGAUAAAACCUUGCGCUUUUCCCUCUGCAGUGAUAAUCUGGAAGGAAUAUCUGAAGGUCCUUCAAAUCGCUCCAAUUCAGUGUCCUCACUAGACCUGGAAGGAGAGUCUGUAUCAGAACUUGGAGCAGGACCUUCUGGAAGUAAUGGAGUUGAAGCUCUACAGCUGUUAGAGCAUGAACAAGCCACAACACAGGAUAAUCUUGAUGAUAAGCUAAGGAAGUUUGAAAUUCGUGACAUGAUGGGACUAACAGACGAUAGGGAUAUAUCAGAAACAGUGAGUGAGACCUGGAGUACAGAUGUCUUGGGAAGUGACUUUGACCCUAACAUUGAUGAAGAUCGCUUGCAAGAAAUUGCAGGUGCAGCAGCAGAGAACAUGUUAGGCAGUUUGCUGUGCCUGCCAGGUUCAGGAUCAGUGCUUCUUGACCCCUGCACUGGUUCUACCAUAUCAGAGACAACCAGUGAAGCUUGGAGUGUAGAGGUAUUGCCAAGUGACUCAGAGGCUCCAGACCUGAAGCAGGAGGAGCGUCUACAAGAACUGGAGAGCUGUUCUGGACUGGGUAGCACAUCUGAUGAUACCGAUGUCAGGGAGGUCAGUUCCCGCCCCAGCACACCAGGCCUCAGUGUUGUGUCGGGCAUUAGUGCAACCUCUGAGGAUAUUCCCAAUAAAAUUGAAGACCUCAGAUCUGAGUGCAGCUCUGAUUUUGGGGGUAAAGAUUCUGUCACUAGUCCAGACAUGGAUGAAGUAACACAUGGCACCCACCAGCUGACCUCUCCUCCUUCUCAGUCAGAGUCCUUGCUUGCCAUGUUUGAUCCACUGUCUUCACAUGAAGGGGCUUCUGCUGUGGUAAGGCCAAAAGUUCAUUAUGCCAGGCCAUCACAUCCACCACCAGAUCCCCCAAUCCUGGAAGGAGCUGUGGGAGGAAAUGAGGCCAGGUUGCCAAACUUUGGUACACAUAUUUUAACUCCAGCAGAAAUGGAGGCGUUUAAGCAAAGGCAUUCUUACCCUGAGAGAUUAGUUCGCAGCAGGAGCUCUGAUAUAGUAUCUUCUGUCCGGCGACCCAUGAGUGACCCCAGCUGGAACAGACGUCCAGGAAAUGAAGAGCGAGAACUCCCUCCAGCUGCAGCCAUUGGUGCUACUUCUUUGAUGGCUGCACCUCACUCAUCAUCUUCAUCGCCGAGUAAGGACUCCUCAAGAGGAGAGACUGAAGAACGCAAAGAUAGCGAUGAUGAGAAAUCAGACAGGAACAGACCUUGGUGGAGAAAACGUUUUGUUUCAGCUAUGCCUAAAGCUCCUAUACCAUUUAGAAAGAAAGAAAAACAAGAAAAAGACAAAGAUGAUCUGGGGCCUGACAGAUUCUCAACACUCACAGAUGAUCCCAGCCCUAGACUCAGUGCACAAGCUCAGGUCGCUGAGGAUAUUCUGGACAAAUACAGGAAUGCCAUUAAGCGAACCAGCCCCAAUGAAGGAGCAAUGGCAAACUAUGAAAGUACAGAGGUCAUGGGUGAUGGUGAGAGUGCACAUGAUUCUCCUCGUGAUGAAACUCUGCAAAACAUCUCAGCUGAUGAUCUCCCAGACUCUGCAAGCCAAGCAGCCCACCCUCAGGAUUCAGCUUUCUCUUACAGAGAUGCAAAAAAGAAACUGAGGCUUGCACUUUGCUCUGCAGAUUCUGUUACCUUCCCAAUGCUAACCCAUUCAACAAGGAAUGGUUUACCAGACCAUACAGACCCAGAAGAUAAUGAAAUUGUAUGUUUCUUGAAAGUUCAAAUAGCUGAAGCAAUUAAUUUACAAGAUAAGAACUUAAUGGCUCAACUUCAAGAAACAAUGCGUUGUGUGUGCCUCUUUGAUAACAGGACUUGUAGGAAACUUCUCGCGUCCAUUGCUGAGGACUACAGGAAAAGGGCCCCAUAUAUUGCUUAUCUAACUCGUUGUCGACAAGGACUACAGACCACACAGGCUCAUCUGGAAAGGCUACUCCAAAGAGUUUUACGGGACAAAGAGGUGGCCAAUCGGUACUUUACCACUGUUUGUGUGAGGUUACUGCUUGAGAGCAAAGAAAAGAAGAUCAGAGAAUUCAUUCAAGACUUUCAGAAACUGACAGCAGCUGAUGAUAAAACUGCUCAGGUAGAAGAUUUUCUACAGUUCCUUUAUGGUGUGAUGGCCCAGGAUGUCAUAUGGCAAAAUGCCAGUGAAGAGCAGCUUCAGGAUGCUCAGCUGGCCAUUGAACGAAGUGUGAUGAAUCGGAUCUUCAAGCUUGCUUUCUAUCCUAAUCAGGAUGGGGACAUACUUCGUGACCAGGUUCUUCAUGAGCAUAUUCAGAGACUGUCAAAAGUAGUGACUGCAAAUCACAGAGCUCUUCAGAUACCAGAGGUAUACCUCCGGGAGGCACCAUGGCCAUCUGCACAAUCAGAAAUCAGGACAAUAAGUGCUUACAAAACCCCCCGAGACAAAGUGCAGUGUAUCCUGAGAAUGUGCUCUACUAUUAUGAACCUCCUAAGCCUGGCCAAUGAAGACUCUGUCCCAGGAGCAGAUGACUUUGUCCCUGUUUUGGUAUUUGUGUUGAUAAAGGCAAAUCCACCCUGUUUGUUGUCCACUGUUCAGUAUAUCAGUAGCUUUUAUGCAAGUUGUCUGUCUGGAGAAGAAUCCUACUGGUGGAUGCAGUUCACAGCAGCAGUGGAAUUCAUUAAAACCAUCGAUGACCGAAAGUGACCAAGACCAAGGCCCUCCAAGGCGCAGACUGUUAAUCGGGCAAACAGAUCUCUGUGAAAAUUAACCAGCUACUUUGAAGGCUGAAGAUUUGUUUUGUAUAAUAUUGUACAGCACUCAGACAUUUUAAAACAGAUCUUUACUAAACAGAUUAAUGAGCUAACAAGCAGGUUCUCUUUUCUUUGGGCUCUUUUCCUUUCUGAGUUGCAUUUUUUGUUAUUUUUUUUUUGUCCCCAAGUAGAGAAUAGCACUGCAAGAAGGGACCACAUUUUUUCAGGUAUUUUGAAAUUCUAAAAAACAAAAUGAAAAAUCUUUAAGAAAAUUCCUAGAUCUCCGUUCAUGAAUACCCAUUCUUUGCUUUCCUUUUAAAAAAGAACAGUACACCUCUUUUAGGAUGCUGUCUAAUCUUGUAUGCAUCUAAUGGAAGGAAAAUACCAGUUGCACUGAGGAUUGUAAUGGUGGUGACAUUAGUGGCAUUAUCUAUAAAUAACACUCAGUUAAAUUGAAAACCUAAGAAGGAAAUGUAAAUAUAAUAUAUAUUUAUAUUUGAUGUAAUAUGUACACCUUCAGAUUCUAAUAAACAAGGAAUAUUACUGAUAGGUUGUGACAUACCCUAUUGUGAAAUGGUUUCCUUGACAAAAUUUAAGCUGAGCUUAAAAGCAAAAAAGCAAACAAAAAAAAUGCACAGAAAUAUUUAUUAAAAUGUAAUACAAUUUAUUGAAUUUUGUAGGCAUGGAGUUUGAUGUGCAGGGCUGCCUUUGAUGAGGAGCAUAAAAUCAUUGAUUAAGUCCUGUAGACAUUUCUCACCAUGGAAGUUUUUGAGCCUGCAUGUACAAGAUAGACUCUUUUAAUCACCAUACAUUAUAUAAAAAGGAACAGUAGAUAUCUAAUGCUUUAUUGGUACUUUUCAUCUGAAAUACUAAAUAUAGAAACCCCAAACAGAGCUCCUUACAAACCUUUAAUUGUAAUAUAUUUUUGAUGAUUAUUUACAUAGAAUGCACAGACCAGGAAUUCAGUGAAUGUCAUUUUUUUUUAAACUGAUUUCUAUUGUCUGCUCUAGUGAUACAAGUUUUACUAGUGAUAAACUAUUUUAAUCAACCAUACUAUUCUUAUGAAAAAAAUAUAUAUUUUGGCAGGUUACUGUGCCUUUAUUUCCCUCUUCUGAAAAAGUAUGUUUCAGUAGUUUGAUUUGCAUUCUAUAUCAAUAAUUAAUCUGGAAUGGGUUUUAGUACCUGAGAAAUCAACCAAGGAGGCACACCAAAGCUUCAAGCACAAGUCUUGUACAUAGACCACUGUCUGGUUUCACUUUGUAUAUUUCCUGAACAUAUUUAAAGAUUAACUUCUUUUAUAACAAACUCUGUCCCAUACUUUGAGUUCCUUGUUGCUGGCAGCAUUUUCAGGCAUUUUUAAGAGAACUGUGACAGACAUCCUUGAACUGAUGAAUAAAUACAGAGGCUGUCUACUCCCUCUCUCUAAGGUCUCUUGGGUUUCAUAAUGCCUAUAGAAGCUGGAUUUUCCUUAUGCCUCCACCUCUUCUCACUUGUCAUUCAUUUAUUUUAAAAUACCAAAAUAUCAAUUGCAUGGAAUGUGUAAUAUGGUUUCUGCUCUUUAGGGAGAGAUCAAAAUUAAACUAGUACUAUGAAAUGCCCUUUUAAAUGUUAGGUGAAGAAAUCCUUAGAGUCUUUGCUUCAUGUGCAGUAACUACCAAACUUGCCUAGGUGUUAGAAGUCAAAUCCUGUCACAAAUAUGUCACAAUGUGACACGAUUUCUGAAACCUAGAUGGUAUUCCAUUUGCUUCAGCAUUUGAUACAAUAAAUGUUAAAUCAACAAAGAAUUUGAAUAGUUGGAAUUCAUUGUAAUGGGAUUUAACUCAUAAAUCAACAAGAGAUUUAUUUUUCUCCACAGUAGUUGCUAAAUCUUUUAUGGCUGUAGAAAUAAAUAAGAUGUAGAUGUUUUGUAGAAGAGAAGGUGGUGGAUUUCGGGUGUAAGGGCACACUGAAGGCAGGAAAUAGGGGUCUGUGGUGCUUGAGCCUGGGAUGAGAGUAGAACCACGGAUAACUGGUAUCGGUAAAUCUCUGAGAUGGUUGUGGGUGCUUGGGUCUUUGCUGAGAUAGUGGCAGAGAAGAACAGGCCCAGUGUUUAAUGGGAAGCUAAGUUUCCCUCAGAAAAUCUUGUCGGGAGCAAGGACUAUUUCAACAUUAACCAUCACUGGUUUGAUUCAUGACAGGAUUUAUUAGGAAUUAGUAACUGUCUACAUGGCAGUGGUGUGUAUGAAGUAGGGAGUAAUUUGGUUUUGUGCUUUCAGGAAGCAAUAGUCGUUCUUCAAAUGUUUCUUACUAAACUUCAUCCCAAUACUUAUUUUACAGGAAGGAUAGUGCAAAAUCACCUAUGGGAAACAUUUGGCAGCCACUGAUGAUUACGUUGAAUUCACAAACAGGAUAAUGAAUGUUAAAUGGGGAGGUAGUGACUCAGCUCAUUGAGACCUUGUAUAAUUAACUCGUCUGUUCUGAAAAGAAAAGUUAGCUUGUAUUUUGUAUUAAUAUUAUGUUUCUGGAAGUUACGUAGUAGAAAUACAGAUUAAAGAGUCUUUAUUUGUAAAAUUAUUUACAAACCUGGUUAAAAAAUUUUUUGUUAUCUUUCUCCACCUUUGGUCAAAUAUCAGGCGUAGUUACUGCUUUUUGCUUCAUUUUCUUCUUCAAAACCUGCUUAUAAAAGCCUUUUUCUACAGAUAGUUAAAUAACUUGAGAUUUAUGAGGGAUUGGAAAAUAAAUAAGAUGCAUGAUUUUUCCUGUUGUGUCCUGGAAGCUUUAAUUUAAAGUGGACUUUACAUAUACACGUUCCUGAAGUGCAUAAGCAAGAAAUCAAAAAACCCAGCCCGGACAGUGAAAAGACUUUGUUCUUGCCAUAAAAAUCUGUAGCUGGCUGCGCAUGCUGAGCCAUGGCCCGCUUUUCCUGUUGCUUGCCAUGAGAAUUCCAGUUUGGGCCAAAUAAAGGUCAACUAGAUGUUUUAAAUGUGUGAGAUUUUAAAGAUUUCUUUCUUUGAUGUGAUUGAGUAUGAAGAAGGCAGUAGGAAUCCACUUGCUCAAAAGUAUUAGUGGAUUAACCUAAGAAGUGAUAAGAAUGUAGUGGAGUUAGCUUCCUCAAUUUGUGUAUUCUAGUCUUUCCUCCAGCCUCUCCAUUCCAGCUUUUAAGUCUAGUGAGUUUAAUGUAAUUGCCAUGAUUUUUGAAAAAAAAUUAAACAGUCCUCUUGAAACUCAAGAACUUUUAAGUGGAUUGACAGUAAUGAGAUAGAUAUUUGAAGUAUUUGCCAAAAUGCUUGAAAACUUUGCCAGAUUAAUUACUUAACAUAUUUAAAAUGAAGGCUACCCAAGGAGUAGGAUGACCAGGAAGAACUUCAUUACUUUUGCAAACAUUGGGGAGAAAUGAAAAUAUAAAUUGCUUCAGAGUUAAAGUAAGGCUGAUGUGAUUGCGCCUUAAGAAUUCGUCUCUGAUGAGUUAAUAUUCUGUCCCGUGUAUUGUGUUCUGUUUUUCACCUGUAUUAAAAAAGCUUUGUACUGCCUCCUCUGGAAACUAGUAAAACCUUUAUAUAAACCCAAGUUAAUGAGCUUGCACAAUCUGGUAUAUGUAUAGGAAACCCGUCCUAUCUCCUAAUGUGAUUACUUAUGUGUGACAUCAUUCUGUAAAAUUGAUUAAAAAGGGAGAGCAGUUUAAUU